AGCAAAAAUUUUGCUGUUCUCAGUAUUUUGACACAUCGUUGGUUCACAAGUUGGUUUGUGAACCUACAGCAUAUCUAUCGAUGGGCAAUGGAGCUUGCCUGUCGUACCAAGUCAGUUUAACUGGUUGCUGCCAGUUUCCAAUGUACCAUUACAAUUUUAUGGCUAUUUUAGUUACAUAGCGUAUAGAACCCCACUAGUUACAAACCAUUAAGCUCACUUAUUACCUAAUACACCGCUACCGGUGGCUUUACUAGCUGCCACAUGUUUCGACUUUUUGUUUCAUGCAAUUAGGGAAUACAUCGUUAAGUUGCCGGUAAAGGUACAUUGCGUAAACAAGUACCAAUUUGUCAAAUAUCUGGACUAUCAAUUAGCGAAGUAGCGGAAAUGGUGGAGGCACCGGCAAGGUACAUCUAGGAAACAAUCGGAAGCUUUGUUAGUUAUCAUUGUUGGCAUAGUAUUUAGUCGGAAAUGACCCCAACAAUUAACUUUCGACGAGAACAGGUGUCUGAAGCUGUAGAGGGGCGCCAGCGCCAUAUGCAUGCUACAGCAUGGCCAAGAUACGAGGAUACUAAACUUGACUACCUGUUCCCACUCCUUUGUGGGUUGGUUGCUUUCGGUUGCUUUAACACUACUUUAACGUAGUUCCGUACUGUGAACUGAAGCACAAACUAGUGAACUGUUUAGUGCAUGAACUCAAACUAUUUCAACUCGGGGAGUGAUGUGUUUGUGCACCUUUUCGGCAAUUACAAGUAGAAAAAUCUAACGAGGUACUCCUCCCCAUCAUGAUUUGGAUAAACUCGGAGUUAUGCUAACUGUUUUCGACUUCAAGGUUGUUUGUUGUUAUUUUCGCGUUGUUUUUCGAAAAUGUGCCUCUUGCUACCACAGGAUAUAGCAUGCGGAUGAUCGCAGGUUUGACCCCACCAGUAUGGAAAACAAGAAGGGAUUAUACCACAAUGCUUCAGUUACUCCAAGUAACGAAAUUACUCCAAACGAAGCAAUACCAAAACAUUCCCAUCAACACAACACCGCAUCCCAACACCUCCGGUUAUUACAGUACGGCUUGAAAAUACCCAACCACCAACACCAAGUGAACCAAACCCACCCCCACCAGCAAUUAAACUCUCCCUUGCAUUUCCAUAUGCAUCAGCAGUACCCCCAAGCGACCCACAGACACUUGCAACCUUCGCCCCAACAAAUCAACAGUACAAAUUAUCUUCCAAACUAUGUUCAUCAGCACCAACAAGCGAACCAACCUCCACCCUUACAUCCACACACGCAAAUCACCCAACCGAGCUCGCAAAUCUGGGUCCCGCAUCAACCCCCCGUUCACUACCACCAACAAAACAAAGCGGAAGCACAAAAGAAAACUCCCGUGCAACCCCAAGUGAGAAAAGAGCCAGUUGAGAGAAAAAAAUCGAGCAAUGCGUCGCAGCUGAGGUCACCCUCGGCCAAGCGGCCCGUGGAGGCCCCUGUGACCAUGCAGGGGUGGCUGCACAAGCAAGGCUCCGAGGGGCUGAUGCUGUGGAAGAAGCGGUGGUUUGUCUUGUCCGAGUAUUGCUUAUUUUAUUACAAAAGUCCCGAAGAGGAGAAACUACUAGGUUCCAUUUUACUUCCGUCUUACAAAGUUUCGAUUUGUGGACCUGAAGAUAAAGUCAAUCGAAAAUUUGCCUUCAAGUGUGAACAUGCCAAUAUGAGGACGUAUAUAUUAGCAGCUGAUUCACAAGAAUUGAUGAUGCAAUGGAUACGCGUUCUUAACUUAGCUUGUCUCUUGCAAAGUAACGUUGAAACCGAGUCGGCUCCUCCUGUGCCAUCUAUGUAUAAUAAUUCCGAGCAUCAAGACAGCAAUACUCCGGUUCACAUGCACUCUUCUAGCAACACGACUGACCUAAGUAACCCCAGUCAGCAAGAACUAAGUCAAUACAAUCAACCCCUUUACGCGAACGCGCCCCCGAAACCGCGCCGUUUGAACGACGGCAGCUACUCCUCGCCUAGUCCUGACGUUCUAGAACGCUAUAACCCCCACAUGAUGAGGAACAUUGCCAAAUCCCCCGUCAACAUCUACGGCCACGUCCACCUCAAUUCCCAAUCCCCGCAGCCGGAGUACUUGCACCACCGUCCGAAACACAUGGAGUACGUUUACACCCCGACGAGGGAACUCCAAAACGUCCCCCAAAACAUGGAACGCAGAACACCAGACACCUACGGCCGGUCGAAGCUCAACCCCGCGAAACCCCGGCACCCCACCGACUACGAGGACGUCUACGCCGACCAAUCGAUGUACAAGCGCCCGCUCAGCCCGAUCGCCUACAGCCACGUCAAGAAGUCCAACCCGGUGGUGAACCCAGCCUACCGCUCCUACACCCCGGUCCACAUGCUGGGGCCCAAGGAGAUGGCGCCCCAAAUGCGCAAAAGCCCGACCAUUUCCCGGCCCCACAGCGCCGACUUCCUCGAAUACGAGCUGAACCACCGGCACCCGAACCCCGGCGUGUUGACCCGGCAGCAACCGCGGCCUAAAUCCAGCCUGGAUAUCAACCGGAACAGCAACGAUAGUGACAACUACUUCUACUCGGAGGAGCGCUACGCCGAAAAAAUGCGCAAGUCGGCACAGUACCUCCCCAAAAUGCCCAAGUACUACACGACUUCGGCCCGCCUCGCGGGCAAGUACCCCGAGAACGAGAACAGUUUUGUGCUAAUGCGGUCGAAUACGCAGCCCAUCGAUUUUAACACCUUGCAAGUCGGCGAUAUGCAGCCGGUGCGGAGCCGGAGUGUGCUGAGUGAAGGGUCGCUGUCGAAGGAGCUGGACAGUGCCCGCGAUGCUGUAAGCCCGGCGUUUGCCAGGCAGGACCCUUAUCACCACUACGACGAUAUGCGAAGUCGCGACUAUGAGCAGUUUACGCGCUCGGCGAGUGCCCGAUUGACGCAGAAUGGGCUGCAAGGUGACGGAAAACCGAUGGCCAUGGACGGCGACAGAAAGCGGGAAGAGUCAAUGAAACGCUUGCUUGAAUGGAAGCAAAGAAUGUUACAGUCGCCUUUAAAUCGGAAGGCUCAGAGCCAGAGGGUGUACUCUGGACGGCCUGAGUAUUAUUGUAAAAAUCAGGAGAAUGAGUACAUGUCUAAAAAUCAGGCGAACGUGUACCCAGACGGGAGGAGGUCUGUGAAUAAUUUGCCUCAGUAUAACAGUUAUUCUUCGGACGAUGAAGAAAAUGAGGAGGGAAGCAAAGAAAAUGUGCAAUCACAGGCAGGACGGACCUUGGACACAUUUCCGAAUAAUUCUGAAUCACUUACACCUGUACAUACCACUUCUAUCACUGUGUUUAAUACUCUGAAGGAACCUGACAAGCCAUUAACUCAAUCUGACACAAUGCAUGAUAUUUCACACUUCACAAAUAAUGAGGUUGAGGAAGUCAAAGAGAAUGACGCCUGUGAAGAAAGCACAUUUACAAAACCUUUAGUACAAUGCAAUAAAGAGUCCUCACAUCGAGCCCACGUCUCCAGUUUGCGCUCCGAGUACUCGGACAAAUUCGAACCAAGUCCAGUCGUAACCGAAAUCAAAAGUAACGGAGCACUUGUUAAGAGCAUUCUGGCCGAAUUCGGGAAAAAAUCGAAUUCGCCUGAAAAGGCCGAAAAUCCUCCCACUCCCAUCAAAGACCUCCCCGAAGAGAACUAUAUGACCAUGACCCCAAAAAAGAACAUCCUAGAACCCAGAAACAGCGACUCCACACUCAUUUUCAACGAAUGCGAAGAAAACCCCUACGUCGAAAUGACACACAACAUCGACAUUUCCUUCCUAGAAUCGAACUUCAAUCCGGAAUUCACCGACCAACAGCCAUACGAAAUGGUUUGUUUUAACGAGGGCAAAUUCGAACCUGUGUACAUGGAACUUAAAAACCCCGAGAAAAAUUCCAAAAAAGAGCUCCCGGACAUAAUUGUGCCUCGGGCGAAAAUGACGUGCAAUAAGUCCGACAGUUCGGACGCUGACGACGAAGCCUCCAAAGACUUAGAUUCUUUGGACGCUCCAAGCAACCCUAGAUUUAGCCUCUCUGAUAAUUUCCGGCCCGCUUCUUACUACUUAGGGGCCAGUCAAACAGUUACAGAGCUGCAGGACAGCUCAGAUAGUGAGUUAGUUUCGCCGCCCCCAAUCCCCACCUCGCCACCUCCUUUAGAAGACCUGGACAACACAGACGACAGUAUCGUAACCAACCAGAAAGUCGAACUAGACAAAAAACAAGCCGACAGUUCCUCAAUUUGUAGCAUUAACACCGACACGGACGCUAGACUAAACAGCCGACUGUCACAAAACAGCGAUUCCGACGUCGAACUACGCAUGCCAUUGUCCCGGAACGUGGACUAUGAAAGAAUGUUGAAACGACGUCCCGUUUCCGAGGAAUUUUGCGACGAGUUGGAUUCAAUGAACGGCAAUUUCGACGACAGUGUUGACUUAGACAAGUACCUAACUGACCUGCACUUGAACGACGACACUAUUUUAAACGACUCGAAGAAGUUCCACGAGUACGAAAACUUUUACAUAGCCCGAUGUCGCGAAAAGUUAGACAAAAAGUCCGACACUAGUGACGACUAUCAGAAGCGGGCCGAAAGUCGGGCUUCCACUUCGGCCGAAAUUUGCGGCUUCUUGCAAGGCUCGAAUCGCUCGACUCCAAGCAUACGAAUUAGCAGUUCUCUCAGUGUUCAAGAAAUGCCAAGUUCGUCCUAUUUCUCCGACAGGCGGGACAUUUCGUCAAACUCGUCUUUCAGCCAACCUGCCCCUUACUACUACUCCGAUUUGUCAAUGAACGCCUCGAACACCGACAGCACCUCGACCAUCCUCACUCUGAACAACCAGAGAGGCGCAAUGAACGGGAGCAAAAGAGACAUAACGCGGAUUAUUAACCCGAUCAAGUGCAACAGCCAUUUACGCGAAGCUCACUCCUCGAGAAACAUCAUUGACAACACGUUCAAGCUCGCAGCUGAAGCACGAUCGGCAUCUGUUGAUUUCCUCAAUCUGACAGACAAGUCGGGCCACAUCGACAAGAAGAACAUUUACGAGUCGGACACUUUAAAGCGGUUGAAGGUUUCCGAAAGUGGUCCUGAGACGCGAAAUCUGUACCCCUCGCGGAAAAUCGACAAGUUUAACAGCUUGGAAAUGACGAACAACGAGACCAACGUGCGCCGGUCGCACUCCCUGGAGGGCUUGCUGGAGAACGUGUUCAGCGAGAGCGGCGACCAAGCCGAUUCCACGUUUAUUAUCGACAACAACGCUUCUGAUAACAUAGCGGAAGGGAGUUACUUGUGGGAGGAGGAUUCAAUUUGGCGGGAGCGGUUGCGCUCGGCCAGUCAGAGACACACGAAGUCUAUGGACGACUUGGACAGCAUUGGGGAGAGCAAGAAAGUGCAGAAAAAGUCCCCCCGUGGAAUCACCCGAGGGGUGACUUAUGUGAACGAUAACGUGUACAAUAUGCCCAAGAAAGAGGAGAGUAAGACUGAGGAGAGUGGGAUCAGGAAGGAAGGGAGUUUUAUCAUAGAUAGAGAAAAGCUGAGGCAGUGGGAUUUGCUCUCGAGUGCCCCUUCCGAUGACCAAAUGACGGCUUCGCAGGGCCCGAGGGGUAAUAACACGGUGCUAGAAAUAGGUGAUGGGAGUGAACCAGUUGAUUUCAACACCCAGCAAGCAGCGUCAGGUUCAAUAUCUAUAAACACGAGAGAUACGUUUCCAAAAGCCAUUUCUUCUAAAAGAAUAUGGACUCCAAACUCUCAAACGAUGCAAUCACGUUCGGUAACGAAUUUAGCGAGGGCAGGCGAGCACGAGAAUUAUAUGCCGCACCAACAGGGUUAUUACUUGAAUCAAGGACCAAAUCACCACGAUGUCUGCAUGGAGAAUCCCCACAUGCACAAGGAAAAUUGGCCUUUAAAUGAUAAAAUGAAUGUUUCCGCUGGCGAACUACUCGGUCGGACGCACGAAGAGCUCGUUUUACUCUUAAUUCAGUUGCGCAGACAAAGUUCUAACACGUUACAAGCCAUCGAAAAUGCAUAUAAUGAAAUCGAUACGAUACAGGCGCAGCUGCACGGAUCGCUCCUGAACCAGGCGAAAAGAUUGGAAAAUUUGCAAAAGCUGGAGCAGAUCAAGCAGCACUUAAUCGAGCUAGAAAAACAAUACGAAAAGGGCAAGCCUUUGGUAAACCUUGUUGACAACAUGGUCAAACUAGGUUCUUUAUAUCGAUCGCCGAACGAGCGUAAUUUAUUAGCGCCUCAUGUUCGGGAUCGUUUAGAAUUCAAUCAACAAAUCCAAGAGCGCCGUCUUUUAGCUGAGGAGAGACGCGACUGGAAUAGAUUAAAUUUGAAUCAUUUGCAAUUGCAAGAAAAGGUUCAGCAGCUUUACCAGUUAGACAAACUGAUCCAGGAGGAAUCAGGAACGCUGCAAAACCUGCAGCAGGAUAAAGAGGACAUUGAGCGGGCUUUAGGCGGCUUGAAGAAUCGUUUAAAUAAGGGGUUUAGUGAUCCUGCUGAGAUCGAGGAAGCGAGAAAGCAGCAGGUUAAUUUAGAAAAUGAACUAAGCAGGGUACACUUAAUGUUAGCUCAAAAUUCUAAAAAACUUGAAGAGACUGUAGCUGGAAAUGCAAGACUGGAACAAGAGUUACUAAUUUUAAAGCAAAAACUGCAAAUUUCGAGGCAACAGAGAAGCUCGCCGCAGUUUUCAAACGCUGGUGAUAGUUUGCCUUGUGCUAUGGGUACUAGUGCUAUGUUAGAAUCAGACUUACAAAGGGUGCAACAGAAAGUCGGAGACUUGCAAAAACAAAGGCAGGAACUUAGUUUACAAGUUAGACAACUCACUGACCGCUCAAAUAGUUUACAACAACAAAUUAAGCACUCACCAGCCGUGACGCAAAAUGUCGGUAAUAAGAAAAAAGUGAACUCGUUUUGGCGUGAAACUGAUUUAGACACUAUGAACUCGGUAGAUCAUGGCGAUUCUUGGGACAAUCAACUAAAUAGUGAUGUUUCCGUAACCCCGUUGUACAUAAACACGGAAGCCGAUUUGUACAAUCGUAGCGAUUCAACGAGCGACGAUACGAUGCAGAACUUAAAUUUGGCCUCUCACGAGAAGCAGGAAAUUAAGACAGUGAGGAUAGUCAAACGAGAGUCAGAAAGACGGCAAAGGGACCGGGAGAAAAGCACAACCGGCAAGUGGGACGCCCUUGUCGAGGAAGACACUUCGUCGCAAAAUUCUAGCGUCCUGUUCAGACCCACUCCUAUCCAGAAAACCCAAAGCUCGACGAAUGUGAUGUCACCGACGUUUGAAACGGACAAAAGCAGCGGUGUUCUAAGCCGGCAAAGUUCGCUGUCGAGUCCUAGCUUACCCCAGGUUUACACCGAUGGGGCGGCGAGUUCGGGCGUCGAAGAUAGCUUAGAAAAAUCGCCCGAGCUGUCGCCCGUAUUCAAAAGCGAGGCUGCCCGCCAGAUAAUUACCGAAAUGUCAAUUCAAGACACUCCGAAAUAUACAAAACGGCGGGCGAUACCGAAGGAAAAACGUCGGCAUUACACAGCCCCUCAUAACAAUUUAAUAAUGAAGAGUCUGAACCAGUUACCAACCGAUGAUAACGCGUUUGAUAAGAUGAUUGGUAACGACAGAAGGGCGCGGGACGACCUGGAUAUGGAGCGGGCGCUGAGGCAACGAAUCGACACCCCUGAUGUCGUCCGCUCCACUUUGAGCAGCAAAGAGCUUAAAUACAAUGAAAGCACCAUUGAUAAUAUUCUAGGAACUCCAAAUAAAAUUAGUAUACCUGAAAGAUAUAUACCUGAACAAUUACCUCAAUUAUCUGCCGAAGAGCAGGAGCAUAGGUUAAGGAAAGUCGAGUCAAUUAAGAAAAUGCUCUCUGACGCUGCCAUAAUCAGCAGCAGCUCGUCGAAUCUCGCUUCAGAUGAGAAAAAAUUCAAUAAAACACCAAAUAGCAUAACGAAUAAGGCGACCUCAAAAAUGAUAGAAGAGAAAAAGCAAAGAGAACAUUUGCUUCAGUUAAACCAGAUACUUGCCAAGCAAGUUAUGGAAAUGAGUAAAAUCGUUGCAGUUAAAGCAUUGGCCACGCUGCCGCUUCAACCUCAACAGAUAAGCACAGACGAGGAAGACUCUUCGCCUGUGACGCCUUUGCCUCUGUAUCAACAACGUGAUAACUUUUACAGUUAAUUCAUUUUUAUUGAUUGUACAAAUUACAAGGGUUGUGUUCAAACGUUUGGCCUGUCGUACAUUUUAAAUAUAUUACGGCUCAUUCAGUAUACAGUAUUAACGUAAUUAGGAGCUCCUCUCCCUGUGUAUAUUUGAAAUGUAACUGUAAAGAACUGAGUGCCAGACAAUAAUAAGUAUUUAUUUUUAUUUUCCUUAUUUUAACUAAAGUAAAUUAUGUUGUACAAUGUUGCAUAGUUAAUUGUAUUAAUAUUGUUUAUAUGAAAGUUUACAGUAUUUGUAAGUUACAAGUUAUGCUCAUAUGGGAUGGUGAUGGUUAGUUCAAACCAUAACGCCUUAGUUAAGUCUCUUUUACGUUGGCAGUCAUUACGGUUAUUGUCACUUGAGCACAAUAAUUAGGUACACUUCACUACUGUAAUUAUGUACAUUGUGGACGAAUAAUGUAAAACGAACACCAAAUCAAGCAAUAGCCGAUAUUUGUUCAAAUAUUGGCCGUAUAGUCACUGUUGAAAUGUUCGUACAGCACUCUCGUAGCUAUUUUUGUAGUAGUAUCUCAAGUGAAGGUAACUGCAUUUCGAUGUCAUCAACUGAUUUAUCUUAAGUACUUAUGAGAAUACUCUUAUUUAUAUAUUUGUUUUAUUUUGACAAAGCGUUGUGAUUUAAUUUUAUUUCUUACUCAAAUUUAUUAAAUGUUGGAACGAAUUUGGACUAUAACAGUCUGUCCAUUAUUUGUAAUUAGACUGUUUUUAUUUAUUGCCAUUUUUUGAGAAAAACAGCUUUUGUAAAAAUGUAUCCAUCACGUAAAAAAUAUAGUCGAUAUGAAAACGUA